AUGGCAGACGAUACAAUAGGGAAUAUGUCCCAAGUAUCAAAUAUCCCGAUUCCUGAGAAAUUCGAUGGGGGAAAUGGCCCAAAACAAGGCGACUUGUGGCCGAAGUGGAUACGCCGGUUUGAACGCUACAGAAUUGCCUCAGGGCUUAAUAAUAAAUCGGAUGCUGAACAAGUAUCUACAUUACUGUAUGCGAUGGGUGAAUGCGCUGAUGAUAUCUUGAAAACGCUACAAAUUGACGAGGACAAAGCUUCGUACGAAGAAGUCAAGUCAGCACUCGAGAAUCACUUUUCUGACAGGAGAAACGUACUUGUUGAGCGUGCUCGCUUCAACCGGAGGGUUCAACGCACUGGGGAGCCAGUGGAUACAUUCAUCCAGGAUCUCUACAAAAUUGCAGCAGAUUGUGAGUAUGGAACAUUAAAAAACGAAUUGAUUAGAGAUAGAAUUAUUGUAGGGGUUGUAGACGAUUCACUCUCAGACCGCCUACAGUCUAAGCCAAAACUGACUUUACAAGAAGCAGUACAGAUUGCCCGUCAAGCAGAGGAACGAAAACAUAACAGAGAUGUAGUGAGAGGGGAUGCCACAAAGUCUAGUGAUGUUUAUUAUGUCCGAAAUGGGGCCCAAACCAAGGGGAGAUAUCACAAGCAAAAUCCUCGUUCCCAGGAAACUAAGGGUCCCCAUACACCACCUAAGAAAUCAGGGGAUAAAUGUAAUUGGUGUGGCCAUGAGAGGCAUGACCGUAAAGUUUGUCCAGCAAGGUCAGUUACCUGUAAUAAAUGUAAGAAAAAAGGCCACUACCAAGCAGUUUGUCAGAGCAAGCCAAGUUUUUCCAAGUCAGUUAACGAAGUUAAUAAGAGCCUGGGGGAAGAUCAGGUCCUGUUUCUCGGGGAGAUCAAUGGGGAAAGUAAUGAUUCCUGGACUGCACAAAUAGGGGUGAAUGGUCACAACACAAAGUUGAAUGGUCACAACACAAAGUUUAAACUAGACACAGGCGCAUCAGUUUGUGUGCUAAGUGAUUCAGUUCCAUGGCUAGAGGGUAUUACGUUGGAAAAACCUCAACAAACCCUUAGAGGUCCAGGGGGAUCCAAGCUCAAAGUUAUGGGAACUUUCAUGGCUACCAUGAAAUACCGUCAGAGUAAGGUCCAGGAACUGGUAUAUGUUAUUCGGAAUCAGCCUUGCUCCCUAUUAAGCAAGAAAGUUUGUGUACAAUUGGGUCUUGUCAAAUUGAAUGAUGUAGGGGAAGUUAUUCAGUCCCCCCCUGACUUCCGAAAGGAGUUUCCUGGAUUGUUCGAAGGGUUGGGGAAGCUAAAAACGGAACACCAUAUAACACUGUGUGAUGAUGCCACCCCGUUUUGUCUGUACAAUCCAAGAAAGGUGCCCCAUCCCCUGAUACCCAAAGUCGAGGCAGAAUUACAGUCUAUGCUCAAGCAGAAUGUUAUUUCACCUGUGACUGUUCCUACUGAAUGGUGCUCGGGUAUGGUUUGCGUUCCAAAACCCAAUGGUAAGGUCCGCAUCUGUGUGGAUUUAACCCAGUUAAAUAAGGCGGUUAAGCGAGAAAUACACCCAAUGCCGUCUGUGGAUGAGAGCCUUUCCAAGCUGGGCCAGGGGAAAGUUUUCAGCAAGCUUGAUGCGAACAGUGGGUUCUGGCAGGUCCCACUAGACGAACAAUCGAGACUUUUGACAACAUUUAUAACACCAUUUGGUAGAUUCUGUUUUAACAGGUUGCCAUUUGGCAUCUGCUCAGCUCCUGAGAUAUUUCAAAGGACUAUGUCUGGUAUCCUAAAAGGUCUUGAUGGAACAAUCUGUCAGAUGGAUGACGUCUUGAUUGGUGGAAAAGAUCAGGUCCAACAUGACGAAAGAGUACGUGCAGCACUCCGACGUGUUCAGGAUGCAGGUUUGACCCUGAAUGAGAAGUGUGAGUUCAGUAAAGAGUCAAUCAAGUUCCUGGCACACGUGAUUGACGAUCUGGGCAUCCACAUUGACCCAGACAAAACGACAGCCAUUGCCAAGUUCCCAACACCUAAAAAUGUCACCGAGCUUCAACGAUUUUUAGGAAUGGUAAAUCAUGUUGGCAAGUUUGUACCGCGACUUGCAGACCUCAACGAGCCUCUUCGACAGCUUCUUCACAAAGACGCUGUGUGGAGAUGGGAAAUAGCCCAUCAAACAGCAUUCUUACGGAUCAAAGAAGUCCUGAUGUCUUCGGAAGUUCUGGCUCGCUAUGAUCCUCGAAAGGAAACCAUAGUCGCUGCAGAUGCCUCUGCUAUCGGAGUUGGAGCAGUGCUUAUCCAGAUUCAGGAGGAUGGCGACCGUCGUCCCGUCUAUUAUGCUUCUCGCACUCUAUCAGAAACAGAGAAGCGGUACGCAGUCAUCGAGAAAGAAGCUCUAGCGGCGACCUGGGCAUGUGAGAGGUUCUCGGAUUACAUCACCGGAUUGUAG